CAGAACCUCCAGAACUUAAGCUCUCAAGGCCACCCCCAGCAUGACAAGGUACACUUAAGGUUAACUUUCUAUCACCUACUCAGAAAAAGUAGAAGAGGCAGUCUAAGACCCAAGUGAAAGCUUGACUAGUUGAAUCCAUUUUCCACAUGGGAACAGCCAAGAGAAAAGGGAAAGAACACUAUUCAUCCCCCAUGUCAGCUCACAGGAAGUCUAGAGGCAGAGAACAACAUGACAUGAGAGAACUAAAGGAGAUCUCUCUGAAUGGACAGAUUUGAUCUCAGUGUAGGUCAGAGGCUGGUCUUCUGGACAUAGGACAAGAGGCAGGGGUAUUCCAGGUCUCCAGGAGUCAUGUAGGAUGAGAGCCAAGCCUCUUCCAGGAGGCUUCUGGUAUCCUUCUAGAGUACACAUGCAUACCCCUUAUCCAGUAUUGUAGAAGGCAACACCAUCCUCCCAGUACCUUGGACUUUCAAGUUAAGAGACAUCCUGAACUCAUCAUUGCCUAGCAUAUAUAUAGUGAAAAAAAAGAUGUUCUCCAGAUUAAAAGGAGUUACCUCUCCUUGUACGUUGGCAUGCCGAAGUGUGCACAUCAAAGAAAAAGGCCAGCCAUUAAUAUUGAAUCCAAGAACAAACAAAGGAAUGGCAUUUACAUUGCGAGAAAGACAAAUGCUUGGCCUUCAAGGACUUCUGCCUCCUAAAAUAGAGACACAGGAUAUUCAAGCUUUACGAUUCCAUAAAAACUUAAAAAAAAUGAGUGAUCCUUUGCAAAAAUAUAUCUAUAUAAUGGGAGUCCAAGAAAGAAAUGAAAAGUUAUUUUAUAGGAUUCUGCAAGAUGAUAUUGAAAGUUUAAUGCCAAUAGUAUAUACUCCAACAGUGGGUCUGGCCUGUUCACAGUAUGGACACAUCUUUCAGAAACCUAGGGGAUUAUAUAUUUCAAUCUCAGACAGAGGCCAUAUUAGAUCAAUUGUGGAUAACUGGCCAGAAAAUGAUGUUAAGGCUGUUGUGGUAACUGACGGAGAGAGAAUAUUGGGUCUUGGAGAUCUGGGUGUCUAUGGAAUGGGAAUUCCAGUAGGAAAGCUUUGUUUAUAUACAGCUUGUGCUGGAAUACGACCAGAUAAGUGCCUCCCUGUGUGUAUUGACGUGGGAACUGACAAUAAUACACUCUUAAGAGAUCCAUUUUAUAUGGGCUUAUAUCAGAAAAGAGAUCGCUCACAGCUUUAUGACGACCUGAUUGAUGAAUUUAUGGUAGCUAUUACUGGCAGAUAUGGCCAGAACACACUUAUUCAAUUUGAAGACUUUGGAAAUCAUAAUGCUUUCAGGUUCCUAAGAAAAUAUCGAGAAAAAUAUUGUACCUUCAAUGAUGAUAUUCAAGGAACCGCCGCUGUAGCGCUAUCAGGUCUUCUUUCUGUAGAAAAAGUUAUUGGUACAUCAAUCUCAGAGCAUACUGUCUUGUUCCUUGGUGCAGGAGAGGCUGCCCUGGGAAUUGCAAAUCUCAUUGUUAUGGCCAUGAAAGAAAAUGGCAUUGCAGAAGAAGAAGCAUAUAAAAGAAUUUGGAUGUUUGACAAGUUUGGCUUAUUAGUUAAGGGAAGGAAAGAUAAAAUAGAUAAUGUUCAAGAACCAUUUGCUCACUUAGCUCCUGAAAAGCUACCUAAUACUUUUGAAGAAGCAGUAAAAAUACUUAGACCUUCAGUUAUUAUUGGUGUUGCAGGUGCUGGACGACUUUUUACUCCUGAUGUGAUCAAAACUAUGGCCUCAAUCAAUGAACGGCCAGUAAUAUUUGCUUUAAGUAAUCCUACCACAAAAGCCGAAUGCACAGCUGAAGAAGCAUACACACUUACAGAGGGUCGGUGCUUAUUUGCCAGUGGUAGUCCAUUUGAGCCUGUGAAAUUAAAUGAUGGGAGACUUUUUGUGCCAGGCCAAGGAAACAAUGCUUAUAUUUUUCCAGGGGUGGCUCUAGCUGUAAUUCUUAGUAGUGUUCGACAUAUCAGUGACCAAGUCUUCCUGGAAGCUUCAAAGGCAUUAACAGAACAAUUGACAGAAGAGGAUAUAUCCCAGGGAAGGCUUUACCCACGACUCAGUAGUAUUCAGGAAGUUUCCACUAACAUUGCUGUUAGAGUUACAAAUUAUCUGUAUGCCAAUAAGAUGGCUUUCCGCUACCCAGAACCAGAGGACAAGAGCAGCUUUGUUAGAUCAAGAAUGUGGAAAUGCAAUUAUGAUUCCUUGCUGCCGGAUGUAUACGAAUGGCCUGACUUUGCAGAAUCACCUCCCAAAAUAGUUGAAUAGAAGCAUUCCUACUAAAAGAAAACUUGCUAAGUUGCAGGGACCUCCCGUCUCCCCCAUCCCCCUUUUUCCAGACCAAGUAGAAAAAAUGUUUGAGAUUUUCAGGUUUUCUGUGUUUUGUUGUCUUACUCUGUUUGCUUGAUUUAUGUUCCCCAAGUAGCCACAAAUAUCAUUUGUGAUACAGUAUAUCACCUACAUUGUUCAUGCUUUUAAAAAAAGUUCAAUUGACUAUAAUGUUCUCAUUCAAACUUGGAGCGUGUACCACACGAUAUGUUUUAAAUAUAUAGAUAUAUAUUUUUUAAUAUGUAUUUAUUUUUACUCCCAUUCCCUGCUGAAUGCCAAAGUAAAGUUACUUCUGCCAUUAUAAGAAAUCAUCUUCUCCCAGCCAAUUCCUUCAGGAUUAUUAUUUCAGAUUCACUCCUAUGGAUGUGAAUAACAAAUCUAACUUGAAGCAAGAAAUCCCUUUAAUUAGACAAAUCUACACUUAACCAAAGUCUAGAGGAAAAUUGUUGCUGGUAUCCAAAAUGUCAUUCUUCAUUCAGCUCCUUUAUUCUAACCAUGGGCUUUGAAAAUCUCUUUACAAAUCUGACAGACUAGGAUGUGAGAUAGGAAAAGUUGGACAUACUCUUUAUUUUCUAAAACAUUUUAUUGGUUGAGUGAAAUGGGAGCUAAUGCUAAGCUUAGAAAAAGUAACAACAUGAAAAGUACACCAAAAUUGUAAGACUCUUUUCUUUGUUAGUUUUACAUAGGUUCUGUUGGUGUGGAAUUUACAGAACACUAGUUAAGUGCUCAUUGUUGGAAGUUAUAUUCUAAAGCAAGCAUAGUUCAUAUUUCCAUUUUCUUGGAUUUCCAAUGAUUCCUUAGAGACAGAAGAUGUGACACAGUAAAGGACUUAAUAAUAUAAUGUACCAUAUAGUCAUAAAUUAUUAAGCUAAAUGUAUCAUCCUCUUCAUAAUCAUCAUUUAGGGAAUCUAUAUGCUUCCACCAACCGUCCUGCCAUUUCUCGGGUUCUGGGGAUUCCUUGGAGUUAUUUUCAGAGGUUGUUUGUCUUAAUACUAAAAAUUAUUUUUAGAAAUAGCCAAAAAUUGUUCAGAGACAAGUCUGGUAAAUAAAAUGGGUGAUUAAUAUAGGUAAUGUCUUUUACAGGUUAGGAAUUUAAAUAUGAGCAUAAAAUAACAAGAUUAAUUUUCUUUCUUUUAAACUGGCUUUGGAGGUAAUUCCAGAGUUUCCGAAUUGUUUUGAGCAGUGACAACAGGUGGGAGAUAUAUAUGGAUAUAUAUAUAUAUAUAUAUAUUCAAAUGUGUACGUUACUUAAUUCUUUCCAAAACAUUCAUGUGCUUUACUAAUAGAAGACUAUAUAAUAACUUUUAGGAGAGAGUGGUUAAAAGGCAGAUUGAGAAUAGUUCUGAGUAUGAUUAAGUGUUUUUUGGAAACUCAGAAAACUUUCAGUUGAUCCCUCUUUUAUUAUAGGGCUGUGUGGGAGUUUUGGUUUAAACAGUUGUAAACAGAUGCCUUAAUUACUCACCACUUAGAAAUCUGUGCUUUAUAAAUCUAUUUCCUGUGAAUAAGUAAUUUAGGUCCACAGUUUGGCAUUUUUUAUGCUUGGAGAUAAAGCAUUUAACUUUUUUUUCUCCUUGAUCUUCAUUUAAAAUAAGUAGCCUUUAAAAAGCCCCUACCUGUGAAAUUAUAAUUCGAGAUAUUAAUGUAGCAUUAAACAAUGAUAAUUACAAAUAUCUUCCAGCUAUUGUUGGAAUAAUGAAUUAGGAAGUUGAUUUUAUGUUCUUGGCAAAUAUAUUCAAUACUGUAUCUUUACUGUAUAGUUAAACAUUUUAGAAAUAAAAUGAGUAUAUUUAAUGAUUGGCAUCAUAGAUAUCUUGAAUUAGGUAGUAAGCUUGGUGUUUUCUUGUCUUAGGGCAAAAUGGCUGAUGCCUUUUGGCAAUUUGGUUUUCAAGAAAAUGCUAGGAAAAUAAAACCUGGGAGUGUGAGUUGAAGAAAGGACUUAAAUUUUAAAUAACAUGAUUGUCUGUAAGGCUGCUAAACACCAGUGAUUAAAACUUAUCUCUUCUAAUGACAGAAUUAAGGAGAAUUUUAUUUUUAUUUAACAAUAGAGAUUUGCUUAUGCCGCAUGAUUAUGAUUGCAAAUCCAUGUUCUAAUUCUUAGUAGUAGUGUACAUGUUACUCAAUAAUUGGUAACUUUCUAAAUUGACUACAACAAUAUGCACACUGGCUGAAAAUAUUAACACAGAAACAUCUGAAAUAAAACCAAAACAUUUUGGUUUCUGUGAGGGUUGUAUCUGGGAGAAAUGUAAAUUUCUUUAAGGAACUGAGAAAUAGUCAUACUUUCUUGGGAGAAGGAAGAAAACCAGAACCAUUGUUAGUUUGUCAGAAAUGUUUUCAUAGCAGAGAGUGAAAGAAUGUUAUCAUUUGAUACCCAGAGUCAUGUAGGCCAAAUAGAGCACUUAUAUAAGAAUAAGGGAAAGAUUGCUUCUUUGACCUCCUUUCCCCAGAUGAAGAGAUGGUUAACUUACAGUAUAAUGGGAAAGUAUAUAUUUAAAUUUUAGGUUAAAAUGUUUCAAGUAUAAAGUGUGGUAUGAGUUUCAAGUUCUAUACUGUGAAUGGUUUUCUGCAAUUUAAAUAUUUUUUAAAAACCAGCUCAAAUGAUGUUUUUACAUAGGAUGACUUCAUCUAUUUUUGCUAUGCUUAGUGUUUACAAUCUAUAAGUUCACUUAAAUUUAAGGUGUUAAUCUGAGAACAAGUGUAAUUCAUUUGACUUGAGGCUGUUGAUUCAGAAGUGUUCCUGAAAUGACAUCGAACUACAAUUUAUUUCAUUUGUAUUGGUUUAACAAAUGGACUCAUCAAAUAUGACGGCCAUUUUUUUACUUGGCAAAAGAGGGAGUAAGCUGGAAACAGCUAAUUUUUUCAUUUAUCGUUCUCAUCUUCUGACGUGAUUUGCAUUGCCCUAUGACACUGAACUUGAAGACCUUAAGAAAUGAGGCCUGUUCCUCUGAACGAAGUUUGGCUGUGUUUCGGGAUUCAUGUGUAAUGAUUAUUAAAAGGGAAUGCUGUGUGCUCUAUUAGCUCUGAUUUGGUAACUGCAAUUUUAAACUAAAAAAAUAAAUAACAUUUGCCACAGAGUUUCCAAGGAGGAUAUGGAGAAAUUAUUUUCUUAGAAAUAUACUCCAAGGGGCAGCUGGGUGGCUCAGUGGAUUGAGAGCCAGGCCUAGAGAUGGGCAAAUCUGGCCUCAGAUACUUGCCUCAGAUACUUCCUAGCUGUGUGACCCUGGGUAAGUCACUUCACCCCCAUUGCCUGGCCUUUAUAAUUCUUCUGCCUUGGAAGCAAUAUGCAGUAUUGAUUCUAAGGCAGAAGGUGAGAAUUUGGGAAAAAAAAGAAAGAAAUACACUCCAGAAAACAAAAAAGGAAAGAAGUACACUCCAUUAAUAAGAUAUUAUCUAUAUUUUGUCUUUUUUAGAUCUCUGAGCUUUUUUUUUUUGCCAUGGGAGAAUUUCUCUGCACUGUUGAACAAUGAUGGAGUCCAUUUUAUAUGAGUGCAGUUAUAAGAGCUUAAAUUAAAAUUCCCCUCCUGAAAUUUGACUUUUAAAGGAGUGGGUACAAAGAACUAAAAUUGGCAGUGCUUGUGUUAUCUGAUAUUGCAUAUGUUCAGAUACUGCCAUAUUUAUAAUUUAGAAAGUUACAGUGAAACAUCUGUCACUCGUUAUGAAAAAUAGUACUUGGUUCUCUAUCUUUUGAUGUUGAUAAAAACUAUUUUCAGUCAGUAUUGAAAUAAGCACACUGCAGAUAAACUAAAUAGAUGAGUCUUAACAUUUAAACAUCCAGAUUAAGAUGAUUCAGGGGGCAGCUGGGUGGCUCAGUGGAUUGAGAGCUCGACCUAGAGACAGGAGGUCCUGAGUUCAAAUCUGAGCUCAGACACUUCCUAGCUGUGUGACCCUGGGCAAGUCACUUAACCUCCUUCGCCUAUCCCCUACCUUUCUCCCUUAGAACCAGUACUGAUUCUAAGAUGGAAUGUAAAGGUUUUUUUUUUUUUAAUGAAUGAAUUUUUUUUAAAGAUGACUCGAUUACAGAAAAAUUUCCAGUCCUUUAAGUUGGCUGAGACUUUUCAGUAUUUUAACGUAACCAACAAAUUUUGCCAAGUUGUCAGUGUGUAGAAGAAGCCCACAGUGUUUUCAAAUUAAGUAUAAGUGGACUCAAGAAAGGCCAGUAGUCUUUAUGAAAUAUUGAUUUGCUUUCUCUGAAAAACUUCCAUGCAAAAUGGAUUUAAGAAUUCUGAAACUUUUGCUUUUUUAUAAGGGGUAAGUGGGACAAAAAUGAAAGUAUGUCAAAAUUUCAGUUGCAGAAAUUGUGCAUGUUAAAUAAAAUGUCUUUUAAAA